AUGGCGUCUCUAGGAAGCUAUCUCAACAGUAAGUUCUGCACCACCGCCGACCCCGCGCGCCCUGCUGAACUCGGCCAGUGCUUGCGAGCUCAAGCUAACCGCUGCCUCUUUUUAGAAAAGGUCCUCAUCGUCACGGCAGACUCGCGGAUCCUAGUUGGCACCUUGACUGCCUGCGAUAACUCUACAAAUAUAGUACUCACCAAUGCCAUUGAACGAAUUAUCCGCACGCCAGACGACCCCGAACCGUCGGCGAUUGACUCCCUCGGUGUGUACAUUGUGCGUGGCGACAACGUGUGCUCGAUAGGGCUUGUCGACGAGCAGCUAGACGACAGCAUCAACUGGACAGAGGUCAAGGGAUCGGUGAUAGGCGGCAUCAAGCACAUCUAG